GCGCCUGCGCGGCAUCCGGGUCCUUGCGGGCGGCGCGGCGCGGCGGCCGGGGGUUGGCGGGGAGUGCGGACGUGGCAGAGAGUCGGGGGGGGGGGGGGUUGCUUCCGGUGGGAGCGCUGGGCUCGGGAACCGGAAGCGGGGCCGGCAGCAGCGCCGGGAGCGGCGGGGAGCGGCGGCCGCGGAUGCUCCUGCUUAGUCUGCAGCUCUUCUGGAAGAGAGAGCGGUUUCUAGUCACUGUUCCAGCAAACUCCUCGUGCGCACAGUCUGAUAAGCAGCAGUCAGCGCUUAGAACCAAGAAGUGAGCAAGCAGUGGUCCUUCCUCAGGAGCAACUGCUGCCCUUAUGUCCCAAGAUGCUCAGAUAUAGCAAUCCUCUUGCCAUACUCUGCCUUCCCUUUGCUCCCACCUUGCAGGAGGAACUGUCCUACUUUGCUGUUUGCACUGAACCAAAAGCAGAGGGGUCUUACUCUGUUGUAUAAAUCUGCUGGUGACAUCUUUGCCUGUGAUGCUUUUCUUCUUGAACAUCUUUCUUAGGUGAGAUUAGCUUGGGGAUGUGAAUACAAUGAGUGUAAACCAGCAAGCUCACACAGGGCCUCCUUAUGGGCAAGCUCAGCCUGGAUAUCAGGGAUACCAGCAGCCUGGCUAUGGAGGACAGCCAUUGCCAGGGAUUCCUCACUCGCAGUAUGGAGCUUAUAAUGGUCCGAUGCCAGGAUACCAACAGCCAGUCCCUCCACAAGGUUACUUCCCUUCCUUGGGGUUCCCUUCAAAGGGCUCUCCUGUUUCUCUCAACUCUGACACUUCUUCUCUUGCACCUAAUUUCAUAGGUUUGUUAAGAGCCCCUCCAACCUCUGGAGCUCCCCCUCCAGCCUCUGGAGCAUCUCUUCCUUCUGGCCACCCAGUAUACAGUCAGUUUGGACAAGGAGAUGUGCAGAAUGGGAUUCCAGCCUCAGCAGCCCAGAUGCACAGGCCGCCUGCUUCUCAGCCCUUUCUGCCUGGCUCGGCACCCACACCUGUCAGCCAGACAUCUACGUUCCAGCAAUAUGGUCCUCCCCCAGGCAGUGCACAGCAGCUCAGCAAUCAAAUGGCAGGGAUGACAAUUGGCAGUACUUCAACUCCUGCUCCUCCCCCAGCUGGACUGGGCUAUGGUCCCCCAACAUCGGUUCCCCCAGUCUCAGGAAGUUUUAGUGCAACAGGAUCUGGUCUCUACACACCUUACACUUCGGGCCAAGGACCCCCUCCUACCAGUGUGUCUCAGGGUCUUCCUUUGGCACAGCCUCCUUUUUCUGGUCAACCAAUAUCAACUCAGCGCCUUCCUACUCAAGUCCCUGGUUUUGCCCCACCUCCCUCUUCUACGGGGAUUGGACCUUCCUCUUACCCUCCUACUACAGGUGCCCCAAGGCCUUCUCCCAUGCAAGGCCCACCGCUGCCUGGGCAGACGGUUGCUGGACCACCAACAUCCCAGCCCAAUCAUGUGUCCUCACCACCACCUCCAUCAACCAUGUCAGGACCUCAUCCAGGGCCUUCUCCCAUGGCUGGUCUCCAUGGACCGCCUCCUCCUACACAUCCUCCUCAGCCAGGAUACCAAAUGCAGCAGAAUGGUUCCUUUGGACAGGCAAGGGGUCCACAACCAAACUAUGGAGGAGCCUAUCCAGGAACACCAAAUUAUGGAAGUCAGCCUGGACCACCACCUCCACCAAAACGCUUGGAUCCAGAUUCCAUUCCUAGCCCUCAACUUAAUGAGCUGCCACCUCAGCAGAAACCCAGGCACAGAAUAGAUCCUGAUGCAAUUCCUAGUCCAAUUCAAGUGAUUGAAGAUGACAGAAGUAACCGUGGGUCAGAACCAUUUGUCACUGGAGUAAGAGGGCAGGUCCCACCUCUUGUUACUACAAAUUUCUUGGUCAAGGAUCAAGGUAAUGCAAGCCCCCGCUACAUAAGAUGCACAUCUUACAAUAUUCCCUGCACCUCGGAUAUGGCCAAACAGUCCCAAGUUCCCCUAGCUGCUGUCAUAAAACCAUUGGCUACUCUACCCCCAGAGGAGACCCUUCCUUAUUUGGUAGACCAUGGAGAAUCUGGUCCUGUCCGGUGUAAUAGGUGCAAGGCCUACAUGUGCCCUUUCAUGCAGUUCAUUGAGGGUGGAAGGAGGUUCCAGUGUUGUUUCUGCAGCUGCGUCACUGAGGUACCACCUCACUAUUUCCAGCAUUUGGAUCAUACUGGUAAGCGAGUGGACUUCUAUGAUCGACCUGAAUUAUCACUGGGGUCUUACGAGUUUCUGGCAACCGUAGACUACUGCAAGAAUAACAAGUUUCCCAGUCCGCCUGCUUUCAUUUUCAUGAUUGAUGUGUCCUAUAAUGCUGUGAAGAGUGGCUUAGUGAGGCUAAUAUGCGAAGAAUUAAAGUCACUUCUAGAUUAUCUGCCCAGGGAAGGCAACAUGGAAGAAUCAGCCAUUCGAGUAGGAUUUGUCACUUACAACAAAGUGUUACACUUCUAUAACGUGAAGAGCUCAUUGGCACAGCCACAAAUGAUGGUUGUCUCAGAUGUGGCAGAUAUGUUUGUGCCACUCCUUGAUGGUUUUCUGGUGAAUGUGAAUGAGUCCAGGACAGUUAUUGCCAGUUUGCUGGACCAGAUCCCAGAAAUGUUUGCAGACACAAGAGAAACAGAAACUGUUUUUGCACCUGUUAUUCAAGCAGGGUUGGAGGCACUGAAGGCAGCCGAGUGUGCUGGCAAGCUCUUCAUUUUCCACACCUCUCUGCCCAUUGCAGAGGCCCCAGGGAAGCUGAAGAACAGGGAUGAUAAAAAACUAAUCAACACGGACAAGGAGAAGACGUUGUUUCAACCCCAGACAAGCUUCUACAACAACUUGGCCAAGGACUGUGUGGCCCAGGGCUGCUGUGUGGAUCUGUUCAUAUUCCCAAACCAAUAUUUGGAUGUGGCAACACUAGGGGUAGUAACUUACCAGACGGGAGGCUCCAUUUAUAAGUAUGCUUACUUCCAGCUGGAAACAGACCAGGAUAGGUUCCUGAAUGACUUGAGAAGAGAUGUUCAGAAAGAAGUGGGAUUUGAUGCUGUGAUGAGAGUGCGUACCAGCACAGGUAUUCGAGCAACUGACUUUUUUGGAGCUUUCUAUAUGAGCAACACAACUGAUGUGGAGAUGGCAGGUUUGGACUGUGAUAAAACCAUCACAGUGGAAUUCAAGCACGAUGACAAACUGAGUGAAGACAGUGGUGCACUCCUUCAGUGUGCUCUGUUGUAUACAAGUUGUGCAGGACAGCGACGACUCCGCAUUCACAACCUCUCCUUGAACUGUUGCACACAGCUGGCUGACCUCUAUCGAAACUGUGAGACAGACACACUCAUCAAUUACUUGGCUAAGUAUGCAUAUCGUGGAGUUCUGAAUAGUCCAGUAAAGACUGUACGAGACGCGCUGAUUAACCAGUGUGCUCAGAUCCUGGCCUGCUAUCGGAAGAACUGUGCUAGUCCCUCCUCUGCUGGCCAGCUGAUCCUCCCUGAAUGCAUGAAGCUGCUUCCUGUGUACUUGAAUUGUGUGUUGAAGAGUGAUGUCCUUCAGCCUGGUCCGGAGGUCACGACAGAUGACCGUGCCUACAUUCGUCAGUUAGUUACAUCCAUGGAUGUGGCAGAAACAAAUGUUUUCUUUUAUCCCAGGCUUUUGCCCCUGACCAAAGCGGAUGUUGAUAGUGACUCCUUGCCAGCUGCAAUCCGGAACUCAGAGGAACGCCUCUCCAAGGGUGACAUAUAUCUGCUGGAGAACGGGCUGAACAUCUUUGUGUGGGUGGGAGUGAAUGUGCAGCAAGGCCUGAUCCAGAACCUCUUUGGAGUGUCAUCCUUCAGCCAGAUUAGCAACACCUUGAGUACCCUGCCUGUCUUGGAAAACCCUUUUUCGAAGAAAGUACGAUCUGUUGUUGACAUGCUUCAAGUGCAGAGAUCCCGCUACAUGAAGUUAAUAAUUGUGAAGCAAGAAGAUAAACUGGAGAUGCUGUUCAAACACUUUCUAGUGGAGGACAAGAGCCUGAGUGGGGGGGCUUCAUAUGUGGACUUCCUGUGUCACAUGCACAAGGAGAUUCGGCAGCUACUGAGCUAGAGGCGGGAGUGGUGCUGGAACUCAGUGACAUUUCAGUCUCCGCUAACCACCUGAUCAGAAGGCCCAGCGCCCUCAAAAAGGACAACGUAGAAAUCUGUACAAUUCCAUAAUUUUUAAUACACGUUGCAUAAGCAGAAAUCCUUUCAAGCCCUCCCAGCCCCAUUUGAGAGAUGAAAAUUUUUCCUGGUGAGGGCUGGCAAAAAGGCCUUUGAUACCAGGUCUUUUACUUGUAUCUAAAUUGUUUCCUGUGCUUGGCAGGAGUUCAUGCCCCUCCCAUGCUCGCUAAUCCUGUCCUAACGAAUGUAGGUUUUUUUUCCAGUUCACUGUACAUGAUUCAACAUUGGGUGAAAAAGCGAUAACUCUUCAAAACUUCUGGUAGUUGCUGUGUGUUUGUAUGGGCGCGUGUGCAUGCUCCAAGUAUGAAGAGGACACAGGUGGGGAGGACAAGAAGCAGGUCAGGUGAUGGGAGCUGGAGCAGCCAAACAGUUUCCCCCCUUCUCUUUUCAAGCAGGAAACAUGAGGUUGCAGAGCACAAGUACAUCAUGUGGCCCUCUGGACCAGAAAUUCUUGAAAAAGGAAAUGAGCGGUAAGCCAGGAGGUAGCAGGGCCAAUCCCCUUCUGCUGUCUUCUCUAUAUUAAGAGUUAUUGUGCAGAGCUGUACUGGAGUAAUUGUUCAGCGAGCAAUGAUCAGCGGCUUCGGAAUAGCAUAGGAGUACAGUCAGUGCUUCCUCUUGCCAUGAGCGGUGACUCCUUUCCUUCUCAUUGCACAGCUCUGUAACGUUGCCCUACUCAGUCUGUGUUCCAUGGCCUCUCUUCUGCAGAGCUUACCUAUCUAUCCAGAUGGUGAUGGGAACAAAAGCCUCUUAAGGUUAAGCAGAAAAUACUUUUAACAAGGCGAUGUGGGGCUGUGUGGGAACUGGAUGAUAGGAACUGUCCAUUUUCAACCAUAGUGUUGUGAAUCAUAGCAAACAAGAACUGAGCUUUACUGUUGCAAAUUUGAGGCUGCUUUGUUACCCUGGAAUACAAGGAAGGGUAAAGAAAAAAAUGAGAUUUAGACUGCACUGUAGUAGGUACUGCAAGUACCUGGUUUCAGUUGUUGGAAAGGAUCUGGGACGUGACGAAGAGUUUCAUCACUGGAUGUUUAUUCCCUCCCCCGUUAUACCUACUGAUCAGCCUGCACAAAACCUUUUUAUAAGCCUGUUUGUUGAACUAAAAUACCUCAGACAGAUUAAUCCAUCCACUUUGGUUGGCCACUCUGCCGCUCCAUUCUGUAAGUGUGGAUGAGAGGACUCCUGCACAGAGGGAGUGAGUGUAAAUCAAAUUCAGAAUUCUAAGGGCUUUGUUUAUUCACUUUUCAAAGGAGGUUUAUAUUUUAGCUUGAACACUUAACAAGUGUUCUUACAAUACCUAGGAGUUUGAGCUGGAGAUGGCACUAAAAGUGGGAGGAAGAACGUGGAUGGUUUAGAGAACAUAUUAUCUGGGCUUGACAUUUCAGAGGAAGGUUCUUGUUAAGUUCAGAAAAAUAUCUGGCUGUGGUUUUAGUCCCAUAUCUUGUAGCGUGUAUAUAAAUCCAUUUUUCUUCUAAUGCUGCUAGUUUGUCUUCCCUCCCAUCACUACAUAGAAAGGGGAUUAUGAAAACUGUAAUGGAGAAACUCUUUCAAGAUGUAGUUGACAGAACCUUCUGUGUUUUUUGUAUGAAUGUGGCUGACUUUUUACUCCAUAGACUGCCUCCAACCAAAAAAUCUAGAGGAUUUUAACCAGAGAAACAACAGCUUCCCAGGAAUAUAAGGCUCAGCAACCACAGACUUCCACAAUACUAAUUUCUAGUAUUAAUAUUGGGGGGUGGAAAUAAGAUCAUAAAUGAACCUUGCAUUUUCUUCAUUUGUUUAUUCCAAUGCAUCUUUUAAUUUGUAAAGAAAUAAAAAUAUAUUAAGAUGUA